AUCGCGCGGGGUGGCGCCAUGGGCGCGGAAGGCGCGGGGAGCCGGCGGGCCUUGCGGGAUCUGCUGCAAGAGGCGGAGAGCAGCCUGCUAGAGUGCCAGGUGUGCUUCGAGCGGUUCGAUUUCGCCGUGGCAAGGCGGCCGCGCAGCCUGCCCUGUGGCCAUGUGGUGUGUGCGUCCUGCGUGGACACCCUGGCGCAUCGGGGGCGAGCAGGGGCGCAGCUCGAGUGUCCUUUCUGCAGGGGGACCUGCCCGGUUUCGGGGGCCCGCGAUUGCCUGCCGGUGCUGCAACUCCUGGAGCUCCUGGCAUCCUCCUCACAGCCGGUGCUGCACCCCCGGAUUGCUUGCAAAUCCGAUCCACGCGUGUUCGGGGGCUGGGGGACUUUGGUGAACCCCAAGGGGUUGGCGCUGUGCCCCCAAACCAGGCGGAUUUGGGUGUUGCAUGAAGGCCAGGACAAACUCAAGAGUUUCCACUUUGGGGGGACCCACGCGCGACAAACCACGCGUGGACAGGGCUUCCUCAAAUACCCUCUGGAUGUCACUAUCUGUAGCAAAGGCCACGUAGUGGUUACAGAUGCGGGGGACCGAGCUGUCAAAAUCUUUCAGGCCCAGAGUGGGUGCUGCCAGCUAGUGCUGGGCACCCAGUUCUCCCUGCCUUGGGGGGUGGCAGCCACCCCAGAGGAUCAGAUCCUGGUGACAGAUGCAGAAGCGGGGACCCUACAGCGCCUGGAUGUGGACUUCAGGACAGGGGUGCUCCAAGCUUGCAUCCAGCUGCUGGGGGGCCUGUGUGGUCCCAGGGCUGUGGCUGUGUGUGCUAGCAGUGGGGCUGUGGCCGUGCUGGAGUGUCCCCUGGCCCUGCAGGCACGCAAUUGCAACAGCAGUAGCACCACCUUGAAGGUGUUCGAUGCCCAGAUGCAACUUCUGGCCCUGCUGGACACUUUGGGGUUCAGUCUCUUCCUCCCCACCCAGAUCUCCAUGUCUGCAGUGGCUUUUGACCAUCAGGGGAACGUGGUGGUGGCUGAGACUCGAGGCCCUGCCGUGCUGUGCUUGGGAAAACCCAAUGACUUGCCAGUCUUGAGGCCUCUGGUGAUCCAGGGCCUGGCUCGUCCAGUGGCUUUGGCCUUCACCAAGCAGGAUUCGCUUCUAGUCCUGGACAGCGAGACACAUUCGGUGAAGAUCUAUGGGAUGGAAGAUGAUGAUAAUGGAGAAUGA